AAUUUUAAUAAGAAUCAAAUAUGAAUCUUAGCCUUGCUUUACUACUACUAGCCUUAUCAUUAUCUUCGAUAGUAAUCAGGGGGAAAGCAAUGAAAACCUGUCCAGCCAACGAAUUCUAUACAGAAUGCGGUGAUAAUUGUCAGAGAGAGUGUUCCACUUUAAAUGAGCCAUGUCUAAUACGUUACAUACGUUGUCCGGACGGUUGCUAUUGUAAUAAGGAUUACGCUCGUAAUGUGAAUGGAAAAUGCAUUCCAAUAAGCGAGUGCCCGAAAUAAGUUUUCCUUUGCAGCUAACUUCAGGGAAUUCACUUUCAGGAUAUUUGAUACCCACUAAAUGCCUAAUUUAUGA